AUGAGAGUCGCCGUCGUGCUACUCGUAACUGGCUUACUCCGCGGAGUCUUGGCUGAUUCUCUGCGUAAACAUAAUCAGAUAUCCCAUGCUCAAGGUCAUGGGGACAAGAGAGACUUGUCUAAUAUCUUGGGAGGCUGGGAUCCUGCUGGUGAUGGAGCGCAAUCACAGCAAGACGGCACGCCCGACCAUACAUUGACAGAUGAACGGUCUGCCAGUACGGCUUCUCGGACGGAUGGCGCUGGACUUGGAUUCCUUCUGCCGCUUUCAACUGUUGAAGAGACUUCAAAGACAAAGACGACAACCUCCCCAACCAGUGCGGCCUCCACUACUGCCAGCUCUCUCACAUCCCACUUGACAUCAAGCGAAGCGUCAUCGCAGCCAAGCGCGAUCACCUCUCCACCACCCUCGUCUACUGUCGACAGCCAAGCACACAUUACAAGCGAGCCUUCCACACCACAAGGCGGCACGUCUAGCUGGAAGAUCAUCGGAGUCGCCGUAAUCGCCUUUGCCGCCGUCGCUGGGAUACUUAUCGGCGCCGUGUUCUUCGAUCACUGGUGGAAGUUCAUUCGCGAUUCUUGCCUGAAGAAACGCAAAAAUGACGAACUGGAGGAGAUGGUCCCGGACUGGGAGAAGGCCAGCUGGGAGGUGCGCUUCGGAGAUGAUCGGCAUCGCUAUCCAUCGUUCGCAUCCAUACCCUCAACUACUUCACGGGCGGCGGGGCCAUUGCAGAGACAGACAUCCACCGAGACCAACGACUGGACUCAGAGCAGGCGGCUAUCUGGAGGCAGUCACGCUUACAGUACUGUGUUGACACCUGCAGAGAGGGUGGUUCUUUCGCCUGGAUAUCUUCCACCUCCCGACAAUGCGUAUCUCAGUGUCAAUCCGAGGCCACACGCUGGCGAUGGCAAUUCGGAUUCUCUGGCAAGGAACGGAUCCGUAAAUUCCACCAAGUCCGGCACAACGAUGACGAACUCGCAAGCGUUAGCCCAUCCUGCACCUCCUCCAAGGGCCUAUCCGGACAACACGAACCCAUUCGCAGACACUUCCAAGUCGCCCUCCAUGGUCGACGCGUACGGUGGGAUCGAAGAGAAGUGA